AUGGCCGCUACAUCUCCUGCUGCUACAGAGGCCGAGGAGAGCGAUGGUCCCAGGCCGGCGAAGCUGCCAAAGACAUCGCCAGACGAGAGCGUCGCCGUCGCCGUCGCCGCUGAGCCUGAGGAUGUGCCCCAGAUCGCACCGGACGAAGACGACGACGACGACAGCGAUUCCGCCGUCGGCAGCGAUAGCGAUGAGAACUCGCUGCAGUCUCUGACCUCCAGCAUCACCAGCUACGUCUACAGGAACGGACGCCGCUAUGCGUCCUUCAGAGAAGGGCGAUACUGUCUGCCCAACGACGAGGCCGAGUCCGAUCGCCAUGACUUUCUCCAGCACAUAUACGGCAUGCUCUUUGGCGGGCGGCUCGUCUUCGCGCCCAUCUCAGACAGCCCGGAGAGAAUCCUCGACGUCGGCACCGGCACAGGCAUCUGGGCUUUGGAUGUUGCAGACGCGUUCCCGGCCACACACGUUAUAGGAACAGACAUCUCGCCCAUCCAGCCUACCUGGGUCUCUCCCAACAUCUCCUUCGAGAUCGACGACGCCGAAAGCGAAUGGACCUUCAGGCAGAGGUUCGACCUCAUCCAUUUCCAGAACCUCAAUGGCGCAAUUCGCGACUGGCAGCGUCUGCUAUCUCAGAUAUACGACAACUUGAUGCCCGGCGGCUACAUCGAAGCCAAGGAAACCGACGUAUAUGCAACCUGCGACGACGAUUCGAUCCCCGAGGACUGCUACCUGCGUCAGUGGGAGUCAAACUGUAUCAAAGCAUGCAGCCUGAUCGGACAGACCCUCACGGCGCCUGAAAACAUCAAGAAGUGGAUCCAGGACGCUGGGUUCGUCGACGUAAAGGAGCAGCAGUUCAAGCUGCCGAUAAAUACCUGGCCCAAGGACCCAGAGCUGAAACUCGCCGGCCGCUAUCAGAAUGUUCAGUAUUCGGAUGCCAUCCAGCCGUAUGCGCUCGGCUUGCUCGUCGAAGUCCUCGGCUGGUCCAGAGAGGAGAUGGAGGUCUUCCUCGUCGGCCUCAGGAAGGACCUCUCCAACCGCUCAUAUCAUGGGUAUAAUAUCGUACGUGUUAUAACAGCUAGAAAGCCAGGUAUGGGGAAGCGAAAGUUCUCCGAAGACGACUAA